AAACUAUAUGAAGAGAUAAAGCAUGUUUAUUGAGUACUAGACUAGACCAUAUCUAUCUCUAGAUAUAUCCCAGCAACCACGAUCGAUGGCGAUGAACACAUCAGUAGUUCUUCCCCUCCUUUGUUCAAUAAUCUUCAUUUUCGUCGCUCAACAAGCCACAGCUCAGAGCACCGCUUGUGUUGAUGACAAAGGUAACUACACCCUUAACAGUAUCUACCAUGACAACCUCAAUCGCCUCCUCUCAACACUUCCCAGCUCCAAAAACGACAACGGCUACGGCUUUUACCAUCUCUCCUACGGCAAAUCACCCGAUCAAGUUUACGCAAUCGGACUAUGCCGCGGAGACACCAAGCCCGACGUCUGCCGGAGCUGUCUUAAUGACUCUACAUAUGUUCUCCCAGAGCGCUGCCCAAAUCGGAAGGAGGCAGUCCUAUGGUACGACUUUUGUAUGUUGCGCUACUCUCCCCGCUCCUUGUUUGGUGUCGUGGAAACUAGGCCAAACGUAAUUUAUCAUAACACCGAAAACGUGCCUUCUGAUAUUGUGGAGGAAUAUUUCCAUGUUGUUGGGAGCUUAUUAGAUAAUUUGAAAAGUCGAGCUGCGGCUGGUGGUUCUCUUCGAAAAUUUGCUACAGCAAAUGCAACAGCUCCAAGGUUUAGAACCAUAUAUGGGCUUGUGCAAUGCACACCUGAACUGUCCCAGGUGGACUGCAACAAUUGUUUGGAUGAUGCAUUUGGGUAUAUUCCGGGAUGUUGUGAUGGGAAAAUAGGCGGACAACUACUCGGCCCCAGUUGUAAAUUUAGAUAUGAGGAAUACCUCUUCUAUAAUUCUACGACAGCCCCGGAAGUUCUGCCACCAUCCCUGCCGUAACAACCACCAAAGCCACCAUCUCCGCCAUUGACCAACGCUAGUACGAACGCAAAGGAGAGCAUAUAAAAUUAUUUUUAAUCUUAACAUCGCUUGUUGCAUUUUUCUUGUGAUUUUAUUACGUACGAUAGAAUAUGUUUCCUUUGUGAGACUACUUUAUGAAACUAAUGUGACAUCAAUUUCUGAA